GCGUCGUCUGGUCGUGGACGUAUCUGUGGUCGCUGUGGUUCUUCCUCAUGCUCUUCCUCGUCUACGUCCUGAGGGUGCCUCUGAAGAUCAACGACAACUUGAGCACAGCCCCGCUAAUAAAUGGUGGGUCGCUACAAAGAAGGGGGAAAGGAAGAAAGAGGUUCAGUUGGAAGAAGCAGCGAUGCCUUCCUGCUCCUCGUCAGGACUUGAGGUGGGGGGAACCUCACACGCAGAAGGCGGGAAUAAUUUGGGCAAAGGCAUCUCCGCCCUCUUUCUCAAUGGAAGAUGUACGUUUGAGGCAUCUCCACGGUCCCAGCUGUGAGGAGGUGCUGGCAGACCACCUUCAAAAGAAGAAGAAGAAAUAAACAUGGUAUUUGCUGGGUCAGAAUAGAAGGCUGGUCAUCUAUGGCUUCCCUCUGAAGACUCAUGAGCGGAACGGGAAGGUGUGAUGUGAGUAUGUUUUUGAACACAUUGACGCCCAAGUUCUACGUUGCUCUCACAGGAACUUCUUCAUUAAUAUCUGGGCUUAUUUUGAUAUUUGAGUGGUGGUAUUUUCGCAAGUAUGGGACCUCGUUCAUUGAGCAAGUCUCGGUGAGUCACUUGCGCCCUCUGCUGGGAGGGGUGGACAGCAACUCUCCCAACAACUCAAAUACAAGCAACGGGGAUUCUGAUGCAAAUCGGCAGAGUGUCUCAGAAUGCAAAGUCUGGCGAAAUCCACUAAACCUGUUUAGAGGAGCUGAAUAUAACCGGUAUACCUGGGUGACGGGAAGGGAACCUCUGACAUACUACGAUAUGAAUCUUUCGGCGCAAGAUCACCAGACCUUCUUCACGUGCGAUACGGACCACUUAAGGCCUGCAGAUGCCAUAAUGCAAAAAGCGUGGAGGGAGAGAAAUCCGCAGGCCAGAAUUUCUGCAGCGCAUGAAGCCUUAGAGCUAAAUGAGUGCGCCACUGCCUAUAUUCUGUUGGCAGAAGAGGAAGCAACAACUAUUGUGGAAGCAGAGAAGUUGUUCAAACAGGCUCUGAAGGCUGGCGAAGGCUGCUACAGGCGUAGCCAACAGCUGCAGCAUCAUGGUGCCCAGUACGAAGCUCAACACAGACGGGACACUAAUGUAUUAGUCUACAUUAAGAGGAGGCUGGCAAUGUGUACAAGAAAGCUGGGGAGGACCAGGGAAGCUGUGAAAAUGAUGAGAGAUUUAAUGAAGGAAUUCCCUCUUCUCAGCAUGUUCAACAUCCAUGAAAAUUUGCUGGAAGCUCUGUUGGAGUUACAAGCAUACGCAGAUGUUCAGGCAGUUUUAGCAAAAUAUGAUGAUAUAAGUUUGCCCAAAUCAGCCACAAUAUGCUACACGGCUGCCCUGCUGAAAGCCAGAGCUGUCUCUGACAAAUUUUCUCCAGAGGCAGCUUCAAGACGAGGGCUAAGUACAGCAGAGAUGAAUGCAGUAGAAGCUAUUCACAGAGCGGUAGAAUUUAAUCCACAUGUGCCAAAAUAUCUCCUAGAAAUGAAAAGCUUGAUAUUGCCUCCUGAACAUAUUUUGAAGAGGGGCGACAGUGAAGCAAUAGCUUAUGCUUUCUUUCACCUUCAGCACUGGAAAAGGGUCGAGGGGGCACUAAAUCUCUUACAUUGUACGUGGGAAGGCACUUUCAGAAUGAUCCCUUAUCCUUUGGAAAAAGGGCACCUUUUCUACCCUUACCCCAUCUGUACAGAAACAGCAGACAGAGAACUUCUUCCAUCAUUUCAUGAAGUCUCAGUUUACCCCAAGAAAGAGCUUCCUUUCUUUAUUCUCUUCACUGCUGGAUUAUGUUCCUUCACAGCUAUGCUGGCACUUUUGACACAUCAGUUCCCAGAGCUCAUGGGAGUCUUCGCUAAAGCAUUUCUUAGCACUCUCUUUGCCCCCUUGAACUUUGUGAUGGAAAAAGUGGAAAGCAUCCUGCCCUCCAGUCUCUGGCAUCAGCUGACAAGGAUCUGAAGGAAAAUAGUCCGAAAUGACUGCCAUGACAUUUUCUGUGCCAACUUACUGUUGCUGACCAGAAAGCAUGAUUUUUUUAAAAAGGGAAGCAGUUUUCAGCUCUUCAUGGGUUGUCUGUUAUAAUUUUUGUUGUUGUACAAAAUACAUUGAUGUUUGGUUCUAUUCUAUUUUGCUUUCAGAAAAGAAAAGGGGAAAAAACUUUGGGGGGAAAAUAAAUUUUGUGUAUUGCAGCAA